CAUUUAUUCAUGGCAUUUUAGCCUGUGACAGGGGUCUGUUUCGAAGCACAUUUCGUACGGAGCAGGCGCUCAGCCAUUCAACCGGCAGCCGCGCCCACAUCACGCAGAUGCAUUUCGGCUGGGACGUUUGAGGAGUUAUGUGUCGGCCACAGACCCGCCCGCUAGCUAACGUGGGCUCGUCGCCGUAGCCAUACGACGGUGGCACCGUCAGUGCUGCUUUGCUCCACAAUUUGUGGCACAAAUUAGUGAUAGGGUUGCGGCUUUCUGCGCUGACUUUCGGGAUAGCCUCGAUCCUCAGAGGGUGGAGAGGCAAGUUCUCCAUCAAUUGGCAAUUGGCGGCAUCGCUCUCUGUUGGUCGGAACGGCCUGGAUAGAUAUACUAUUAGAAUGGCGCACGACGAGCAACAAUCGGACAUGAAGAAGCAGCGAAAGCCCUUCGAUGCUGCGGCCAGUAGCGUCUCUACGUGCCCCACCGGCUCAAACCGCUCGGCCGAACCCGUGGCCGAAGCUGAGGUCGAGUCCUCGUCGCUUUCGCUGAGUUCCUCGUGCCUCUCGUUCGCCUCGCGGAGGCUGCGACGGAGACGCCUACGUAGCUCACACGCACGAGUGCCGCUGAUCUCGGUCACGUCGCUCUACAACCGUUUGCAGACGUCGGGCGUCGUGCUCGUAGACUGUCGCAAAGGAGCUGAUUUCUCGGCAGGACAUCUACCAGGCGCGCUGCAUUGCCCACCGCUCUAUACGGGAUCGCACCUGUCCGCUUUGAGCUGUGCUGGACAAAUGGCCAAGACGGUGGAUGACGUAGUGGAGCUUACGGAGAACGCCAAGCUGCGAGAGAAGCUCGAAAGGAGAGAUCUCAUCGAGGUCGUGGUCAUCGGCGGCAAUCACACGGGUGCGUCGUUCCUGUACAGAAUGGACUGGGGCUACCGCUUCGCCAAGAUGCUGGUGGACGAAGGUCGAGUCUUCUCAGUUCGGUUCUUGGCACAAGGCUUCCCUGCUUUCGCCAAGAAGUACAACUUCAUGUUGGUGUCGUCGCCCUUAUGGAUGCCAGCAGAAGAGGAAACCGACAGGAAACAGCAGGAAGAACCGACAGAUAAUACAGCAUCGAGUCCGACUUCGUCGAUGCAGUUCCCCAAUGAAAUCGUGGACGGGUUCCUGUAUCUGGGUAACUUCUGGCAAGCCAAUUCGGCUGAGGUCAUCGACGCCUUGGAGAUCACACACGUGGUCAACAUGGGAGCGAUCACCGACCAACGCAACAAAUUCGAGCACGUGGAAUAUCUCGACGUUGCAAUCAAGGACAAUGUGGACGUAGAUAUCGCCCAAGAGUUCGGUCCUACUAUUGAGUUCAUCCAGAAGGCAGCGUCUCAGAACGGACGUGUGCUCAUCCACUGCGUCCAAGGCGUCUCGCGCUCGUCUACGAUCUGCAUCUGGUAUGUCAUGCUCGACACCAAGUGCACGCUGUCCGCUGCCUACAGCCACGUGCUCAAGUGUCGACCUCUUAUUUUUCCCAAUCGAGGCUUUAUGACGCAGCUGAUCGCCAACGAGCGAGAGCUUUACGGUGAUCAGAGCGUCACGGAGGACGAACUGGAAUUGCUGCAAAACGGUCUACUACCGCCCAUCGACCGCAGCGGCUCAGCGCUCUGCGAGACUUUCCUUUCCUAGCUGAAUGGUGAAGUGGACUUCACUGCCAUUUAUAAGAAAUUAUUAUUGCUCAACACACAAAGUGCAUUUCCUUGUUAAAACGUUCUGCUUCAUCUCAACGUGUGGAAGAUUCGGCCGUUGUCGUACUUGCCGUUCACAAAGCGGCCACGCC